AUGUCUGCAUCACCAUCUCAUACAACCAACCCGGCCAAGCGCCCUCUCGAGGAUGCCUCAUCGCCUUCGGCCAAGAAUGACCAGCCUGAAGCUAAGCGACCUGCCCUCGACAAGGUUAUCAAGAACGGCCAUGAAGAGGAGGAGAAAUCAGACGUUGAAGAACGUCCCGUCACAUCUCCCACCGAGGCUGAAGCCCCUCUCAAGCCCGAAGACACCAACGGAGAAAAGGCCGAGGCGGAGUCCAAGGAUGAUCUCGGCGAGGUCGCUGCUUCAGAUGCCAAUGAUUUGAAGGCUCCUGGCGGUCUCACUGCCGCCAGCACUACUGCUGCUUCCAUUCCGCCGAGUACCAACACUCACGAUGAGACUGCUUGGAUUCACAUUCGAGCUGUGAUUUCCAGCCCCGAGGCUGCAACCAUCAUUGGCAAGGGAGGCGAAAAUGUCAGCAACAUUCGCAAGCAGUCUGGCGCUAAGUGUACCGUCAGUGAUUACCAAAAGGGCGCCGUAGAGCGUAUCCUCACUGUUAGCGGAGUUGUAGAUGCUGUCGCCAAGGCCUUUGGUCUGAUCAUUCGUACCCUCAACAAUGAACCUUUGACAGAGUCGUCGACAGCCCAGUCCAAGACGUACCCUCUCCGUCUCCUGAUUCCUCACGUGCUUAUAGGAUCUAUUAUCGGCAAGGGUGGUGUGAGAAUCCGUGAAAUUCAGGAGGCUUCGGGUGCCAGACUUAACGCCUCGGACUCGUGCUUACCCCUGUCCUCUGAGCGCUCGCUAGUAGUCAUGGGCGUGGCCGAUGCAGUGCACAUUGCUACCUACUAUGUCGGAAGUACCCUCUUGGAUCAGCUCAAUGAGCGCUUCGGUGGACCCGCAGCGUCGGCAUACGCAACGCGCAGCGGUGGCCCUGCUGGUGUUGUACCUGGCGGCAUGCAGGUAGUGCCGUACUGUCCUCAACCAGCCGGAGGCAACUUUGGACAACGGGAGAACUACGGCAGACGUCCCGAUCCGAGAUCCCACCACUACUUGCCUCCCAACCCUUAUCCUCAACAGCAGCCCCCGUACCACGGCGCAGUACCGCAGCCUGCUGCCAGCGCACCUUUGCACUAUGCUCCUCAAGCCGCCGGUGGCUACGGUGCUGGACCUCACAUGCCUCCGCACCAGGGUGGUCAUGUCGCUGGUCCUCAAGCCCACGGUGGACCUCAGGGCCAGCAACCCAUGCACGGUGGCGGUAUGGCCGGUGCUCCCAUGACUCAGCAGAUCUACAUCCCUAAUGACAUGGUCGGCGCUAUUAUUGGUAAGGGUGGACAGAAGAUCAACGAAAUUCGACAGAUCAGUGGAAGUGUCAUCAAGAUCAACGAGCCGCAAGACAAUAGCAAUGAGCGACUGGUUACCAUUACUGGUACCGAGGAGUGUAACAGAAUGGCUCUGUAUAUGCUGUAUUCUCGACUUGGUGAGUAA